UACCCUUCCACACGGAGUUUAAGUUACAAAUUCGCUGAAAAAUCCUCGUAGAUGACUCGGUACGCGUUAUCCAUUAUACAUAAUAUAUAAUAUAUAAUAUAUCCGUCUCCAAGAUCAUUUCAUUUCUUCAAUCUCAAUUUACUUUCUUAAAAUCCUUAUUAAGGCUAGCGCGUGGUAUGAUGAGUUCAAUUGGGGUUGUUAAUGAUGUAGAAGACAAUGUUGAAAACAGUCCGUGCAGUGUUUCUGGGCUCCCAGUAGGGCUUACUCUUGGCUACAGUUCUUGUUUCAAUAAAGGAGUCGGCCAACUGAAUGUUUUAAGUAUAACAGGCAACAGCGAUUAUCCUUCUAACCUACAUAACCUUUCAUUCUUAGGGCGUUCAUCCAAUCUAACAGCUAUCAUAUUCGAGCACGUGUCGCUUCCCUCUCAGCUUCAACCCCUCUUUGCAUUGAGGAAGUUGAAACAACUUUCCUUUGUUAUGUGUGAGAUUGGUGAUGCUUUGAAGAGUUUCACCACUGAGUCAAAUUAUAACAUGCUACCGAAUCUCACACAUCUCGAAUUCGAUAUGUGCUAUGAUUUUAAACAACUGCCAUCAUGGAUUUGUAAUCUAGCUCAUCUCCAGAAGCUAAGCAUCACCAACUGUCAUGAGCUUGAUGCUCUUCCUAAAGAGUUGGGGGAUUUGUCAAGUCUUGAAAGCUUGAAUCUGCAUAGCUGCACGAAACUACAGGAAUUGCCUGCUUCGAUUGGAAGUUUGCGUAGUUUGAGUUAUAUUGAUAUAUCUGAUUGUUUGAGUAUAAGUGUAUUGCCUGAAGAAUUUGGUGAACUGUGUGGCCUGCAAGUGCUUAAGAUGAACGGUUGUACAGGGUUGCAAGAGUUGCCAAUGUCCACGAGUGAAUUGUCACAGUUGGACGAAGUGAUAUGUGAUGAAGAAACGUCGUAUUUGUGGAUUGAUAUUGAAAGUGAUCUUCAUAAUCUGAAGAUAAAUGUUGUUGAAGAUGAUAGAUUAGAAACUUUUAUGAAAAUUGUGCAUUAAGCUUCAUAGAAGUACCUUUUUAAGAGUAAUUUUGUAAAAUGUUCUACAAGAGUAAUUUUGAUAGUUACUGAUAAUUACAAAAAUGACAUCGUGCUUUUU